AUGUCGCUGCCCCUCAUAGCCGCAAUCGACCCCUUCACCUCUCCCUCCUCGGGCCUCUCCCCCAGCACCCUCUCCCACAUCUCCCAAACCCUCCUCACCGUGACCCCCGAUACCCUCCCACAAGCCCUAGAAUACAUCUCCGCCCACACCACCACCCAGACCAUCUCCGUGAACGUCACCUCCCUCCUCUCCACAGAUGCUAUCCACUCCCUCCUCGACGCGGGCGCAACCCGCCUCUUCGCCACCUAUGAGCAGCUCUCCACGCUGCAGCCCCUCAUCAACGACGACUCCCGCCUCGCCCUCCUCCUCGACACAGCCCACACCUCAAAAGACACCAUCGUGUCUGCCAUCAGCGACACCAGUGUCGGCAUCUACGCUCACAAGGUCACCGACAUUGAUGCCGUCGCCGCAUGGCUAACCGAGUACGGGACGGGCAACCACCCACCCGUGUAUGUCUCGUUUGCCGCACAGCCCGCGCUCGCCGAUGUCGUGCGCAUCGCGAAGCUGGCGGCCGUGCCCAUCUUGGAUUCGGCGUGGAUGACGGUGGACGGUGGUGAAGGGCUGCUGGGCGUGGCCGAGGUAGUGAUGGCGGGAGUUGUGUCGGAUCGCGAGGACGGACUGGUGACGACGUUGGUGGUGGACGAGCGCGGGGUCGCAUUAGGACUGGUGUACAGCUCGCUGGAGAGCGUGCGCGAGAGUAUCAGGACAGGCAGCGGCGUGUAUCAGAGCCGCAAGAGGGGGCUGUGGUAUAAGGGUGCCACCAGCGGGGCGACGCAGGAGCUUGUGAGGAUUGAUGCGGACUGCGAUGCGGAUUGUCUGCGCUUUGUGGUGCGCCAGAAGGGAAGUGGUUUCUGCCACCUCGAAACGGCCACCUGCUUCGGCGCUUACACCGGUCUCUCGCACCUCCAAAAGACACUGCAAGCCCGUAAGGAGUCCGCUCCCGCCGGCUCCUACACCGCACGCCUCUUCUCCGACGCGCAGCUGCUGCGCGCCAAGAUACUUGAGGAGGCCGAGGAGCUGUGCGAUGCAAAGACCAAGGACGAGAUCGCAUUCGAGGCCGCGGAUCUAUUCUAUUUUGCGCUGACGAGAUGUGUGGCUGCCGGUGUGGACCUGGCGGAUGUGGAGAAGAAUCUGGACAAGAAGGCGCUAAAGGUAUCGAGGAGGAAGGGAGAUGCAAAGCCCAAGUUUCUUGCUGCUGGAGAGAAGGCGGAGAGUGGCAAGUCUGCACCCGCAGAGGCACCCAAGCCCGCAGAGACGCCCGCAGAACCGCUCGACCCCAACCGCCCCAUCAAGAUGAAGCGCAUCGACGCCCAGUCCACUACCCCCGAAGAACUCGAAACAGUACUUCGCCGCCCUGCACAAAAGACAAACACCAUCAUGUCCAUCGUCACACCCAUCAUCGACUCUGUGCGCACAAACGGCGACUCGGCCCUCAUCAGUCUCGCCCAGAAGUUUGACCGCGCAACCCUCACCUCCCCCGUCCUCCGUGCUCCCUUCCCCGACCACCUCAUGGCCCUCUCCCCCGAGACCAAGGCCGCAAUCGACCUCAGCUUCGCCAACAUCCACACGUUCCAUGCCGCCCAGGCCGAGUCCGAGCCCCUCACAGUUAGCACCAUGCCUGGCGUCCGCUGCUCCCGCUUCGUUCGUCCCAUCGAACGCGUCGGUCUCUACGUCCCCGGCGGGACCGCCGUCCUGCCCUCCACAGCACUCAUGCUUGGUGUGCCAGCCAUGGUGGCGGGAUGCUCCCGUAUCGUCUUGGCGACCCCAGCACGCCCCGAUGGCACAGUGACACCCGAGAUUGUGUAUGUCGCGCACAAGGUCGGCGCGGAGUGCAUCGUCCUUGCGGGUGGUGCACAGGCUGUGGCGGCGAUGGCGUAUGGCACAGAGUCCGUGCCAAAGGUGGAUAAGAUCCUCGGCCCUGGGAACCAGUUUGUGACGGCCGGGAAGAUGUAUGUCAGCAACGAUACUUCCGCGGGGGUGUCAAUUGACAUGCCCGCUGGUCCCUCCGAAGUGCUGGUGAUCGCGGACCGCAGCGCAAACCCCGCGUUCGUUGCGAGUGACCUGCUAUCGCAGGCGGAGCACGGUGUUGACUCCCAGGUUGUGCUGAUCGCUGUGGGGCUCGAUGAUGCGGGGCUCGAGACGAUUGAGGAGGAAGUUCACAAGCAGGCGGUGGCGCUGCCGCGAGUUGAGAUCGUGAGGGGUGCAAUUGAGCACUCGGUGACACUGCGGACAGCGACGAUAGAGGAGGCGGUGGCGCUCAGUAACACGUAUGCGCCCGAGCAUCUCAUUCUGCAGGUGGAGAAUGCGGCGAAGGUCGUUGAGGGUGUGGUGAAUGCGGGGAGUGUGUUUGUGGGCAUGUGGACGCCCGAGUCGGUGGGUGAUUACUCGGCGGGGGUGAACCACAGUUUGCCAACAUACGGCUACGCCCGCCAAUACUCCGGUGUCAACCUUUCAACCUUUGUCAAACACAUCACCAGCAGCGAGCUCACCGAAGAGGGUCUCCGCAACGUCGGUGGUGCCGUCAUGCAGCUCGCAAAGGUUGAGGAGCUCGAGGCCCAUCGCAGGGCUGUCGAGAUCAGGCUCGAGUGGGCUGACAAGCAGAAGGAGAAUGCUAGCAGCUAG